AUGGCUGAUCCUCUCAGCAUUACUGCCGGAGCUGUGGGCAUCACUGUGCCAGCCUUACAUGGCAUACGCUUGCUUAUGGAAGACCUACAGCAGCUCAAAGACGCGCCGAAGACCAUCAAACGCCUAGUGGAGGAUGUUCGCUCUGUCGACACAGCGCUCAGCCUUCUUCAAGGUGUGGAGGAUAGGGAGUGGACUUUACUCGGCGCAAUUAUAGCUAAAGAGUCGGAGAAAACGAUCAGUAGCUGCAAGCAAGCAUGCGAUCUCUUCAGAACCAACCUUCAGCGGUGGACUAAGAACUCAGAAGAUGGGAAGUUAGGAUGGAAGGAUCGGACGAACGUGGGAUUCUUCAAGCAAGGGCCAAUCAAGGCUAUGUCUGAACAGCUUCAAAACUGCAAGCUCACUAUAAAUUCUGUCGUAAGCAUAGCGACUUUGUACAGCUCUGUCCGCCAUAACCACAUAACCGAAGACAUCAAGAAGACGAUAUCUACCAAACAAGAGGAAGUCAAAGAAGCGAUCACUGCCACACACAAGCAGAUGAUAGUGCUGGAGAACAAGCUGGAGGAGCUGAACCUCAGCAGCGAUGACGAAGAUAUGGCCGGGCCGGAGGCAGGCAAAGCAGAGACAGUGCGGCAGCUCGAGGAAGAACGCAAAGCGCUAGAAGCAUCACGCACUCUAUUGGAUGAGUUAUUAUCGAGGGCGCGGGAAGAAGCUGUCGCCAAAGCUGCUGCAAAGAGCCAGGAUAGUUCGACCACAGUGAGCACUGUGACGUUUGGCAAUCAGAACUCGGGACAACAAGCUGGGGUCAUCAAUGGUGGAGUGCAUGGAGCCGUUUUUAGAGGAAGAUAA